AUCGGCCUUGGCCUGCUUUUGCUGACUGUUCCAGUCAGUUCAAACAGUUGAAUGAGUCCUAAAAUUGUUCUCACACAAUUCUGAUCACCAUCUCUCUCUGAAACAGAGGGAAAGGGUAGCUAGAAUGCAUGUUCCAUGCUUAAGUAUAAAUUAUGAUAGCAAUUAGGAACAACAAAAGGCAAAAAGGGAUAAAGAACCAUUAUUAUUGUUAUGGUGGUGGAUCAUAUGAUACUCAUGGCGAAAUUCAGUAGUUUAGGAUUUAAGGUUUAGUUUGGACUCGAAUGACAUGGUGAACCUACUGGUCUCUUCGUUCACCGGCCGCAAUUCGAGAUGAUCCAGAAUAGAAAAGUUAAAAAACAAAGAAGGUAUCUUUAAAAAGUAAAGAAAGGAAGAUUGGGGUUAUGGCGUGAAGGAUGUGGGGGGUGCCCCUCCUCUCCACUUUGGGUAGGUCAACUAGAACACUAUUACAAUGUCAAUGCUGUAUGACCUUUGCUUUGCCUUCCAUCAAGAAAUGGAUACUUGUGAGACAUCCUUUUCUGAAAUCAAAUGCAAUCUAUGAGCAAGGUUGGGUGUUUGCCAACUCUCUUUUAUGUAACAGUAGACACAAUCCAAUAACACGAGAUGUUUCGAUUCCAUCUAGAAUGUGAUCAAUAAAGAUCAAUGCUAGUGAGCUAGGUAGACGACCACGAGGUGCAAACUAUGUGUACUCAUCCCUUAACCUCUCUGUUUUUUUUUCAGGUGAUUAUGCUAGUGAACCCUCCACUGACCUAAUGAAGGUGACACCCAUGGGGGCAAUAACUCAAAGCACAAAAAGUACCCAUGCUAGUCGAGCUCAUCCCUUAAUCUCUCUUCUUUUGCAAUCUAUUCUCAAUCUCUCUUAAUGAGGGUAUAGUAAAAGAUCGAGUUAUUAGACUUGAAAGAAUGGACAUGCCAUCACUUUAUUUUGGUGGGUGCCUUGAUUCUUUGGCUUUGAACUUUGAACCCUAUCUUGGUCCACAAUUCUUCAUUCAUUCAAAGCCUUUUAUUAUGACAAGGAAUAGCAAUUCAACUUUGUGCUCUAUCUUCAUUGUACCGUGACAUGAUGCCACUUUAAUCAAUGCGAUGCAUGGACAAUGAGAGUCAAGUUGAAAUGCAUCUUUCAAAUCAUAGUCAUCACCUUCAACCUCUUAUUUCAGAUCUUUUCAUCAAGAGUUGUAUGUGGCUAGCUCUUUCUUUCUUAAAUGUAAAUUUUACACUAGUUUCUCUCUCAAACUAACUAUUGUAAGCAAAUUAAGAUUGUUUUGCCGACUACGUGCUUCCGGUGUAAAGAAAGCUCCUUUCCGAUGGUUAUCACACCAGCCGAUCGUAAGUGACUAGGACCAUUUGCCCGGUCGUGUUCUUGCCGGAGACGAACUUUAGAAGUUACUAUUGUAUGUAAGAAGAAGAGAUCAAGAGAAGGUUGUUCUUAAUGAGUGAAGCUAUUGAGAGGAGUUAGCUUGUGAGCAUUAUUGGGCCUAAUUAAUUAACAAUUAGAUUGGCCGGCCCAUUAUAAGCCCAUAGUGGAAUAAUCGAACUAAUACGGUCUUAGUAGAAGAGCAAACCCGGAUCCGGUCCGAUGGUCGUUCGCCGGCUUUCGGAUCUCCUGAAAUCUCUCAGCAGCACUACCGCCGCCGUCGCUGGCGAUUCAUUAGCUUCAGGGAGGAUUGUACACGCCAAAUCCAUCACCCUCGGCUUCCACGCCGACCCAAUACUCUGCCGCGCCCUCGUCGGCUUCUACCUCUCCUUCGACCUCGCGCACCUCGCCAUCCGGCUUCUCGACUCCGUCCCUUCCGACGACGUCUCCCCUUGGAACGCCUUCCUCUCCGCCUGCUCCACGCGCCACCUCCACGCGCAGGCUCUCCGUCUCCUCCGCAAGCUGCUGCUCCUAUCACCCCGUCUCAAGCCCGACGCCUUCACCUACCCUAGCGCGCUGAAGGCUUGCGCCGGCCUCGGCGCCGCUCUCGACGGUGAGUUCCUCCACGCCGGGGCUAUAAAGCAUGGCUUCUCCGCCGACGUCGUCGUGUCCAGCUCUUUGGUCUAUAUGUAUGCGAAAUGCCAUCGCUUUGCGUCGGCAAUCCAGAUGUUCGACGAAAUGCCACAAAGAGAUGCAGCGUGCUGGAACACAAUCAUGUCCUGCUACUACCAGUCUGGGCAACCGUCCAAAGCCCUGGAGGUGUUCGACCAAAUGACUCACUGUGGGUUUCAGCCAGACUCGGUCACGUACACCACGGCGUUCUCUGCUUGUGCUCGACUUGCAGAUUUGGACAGGGCAAAAAGAGUUUACGAGGUGCUGAUCACAAGCGGCUUCGAGUUGGACAAUUUCAUUAGUUCUUCAAUUGUCGACAUGUAUGCCAAAUGUGGGAACUUGGCAACUGCAAGAGAGGUGUUUGAGCAGAUUCAGAGCAAGAGUGUGGUCUCCUGGAAUUCAAUCAUCACUGGGUAUUCAUCGGCUGGCGAUAGCUGUAGCGUUUUGGAUUUGUUCGCAAGGAUGAUAGCACAAGGUAUUAGGCCUACUUCGAGUACCAUAAGUUGCUUGGUAAUGGCUUGCUCAAAAAGCUCCAAUUUUUUACAAGGAAGGUUCAUCCAUGGCUACAUUGUUCGGAACUGCAUUACAGUUGAUGUUUAUGUUGCCAGUUCACUUGUAGAUCUCUAUUUCAAAUGUGGAAUGACUCAGUGUGCAGAAUAUAUCUUUGCCAACAUGCCAAAAUCAGAUGUGGUCUCAUGGAAUGUGAUGCUGUCAGGUUAUGUGAUGACUGGAAGCUACUUUAAAGCGAUCGAGCUCUUCCAUGGCAUGAGCUUUUUCGAGACCGUUCCAGAUGCUAUAGCCUUUACUAGUGUUCUAUCUGCUUGUGCUCAAUUAGCAGCUCUUGAUCAGGGCAGAGAGAUCCAUAAGCAAAUAAGGGAGAAUAGUUUGGAGAGCAAUGAGACAGUCAUGUGUGCACUUCUCGAUAUGUAUGCAAAAUGUGGAGCCAUCGGAGAAGCAAGAGCUGUUUUUGACAAGUUGGCUUCGAAGGAUGUCUUGUCGUGGACUUCCAUGAUCAUGGCCUAUGGCUCCCAUGGCCAGGCCACCGAAGCUCUGAAGCUCUUCCAUGAAAUGCAGAAUGUGAAAGUAAAGCCGGACCAUGUCACAUUCCUUAGCCUACUCUCCGCAUGCAACCAUGGAGGACUGGUUAUCGAAGGCUGUUACUAUUUUAAUCAAAUGAUGAAUGAAUACGGAAUAAAACCCCGUGUAGAGCAUUACUCCUGCUUAAUUGAUCUCCUAGGACGCUCCGGUCAGAUAGACGAAGCGCUUAGUAUACUGAAGAACACACCUGACAUAAGAGCUGAUGCAGGCUUAUUAGGCUCAUUGUUAUCUGCUUGCAGUUUACAUAAGAACUUGAAAGUAGGAGGGGAAAUUGCUAGUCUUGUUGUCAAAUUGGAUCCGGAUGAUCACUCUGCCUUGAUAACUUUGGCUAACAUGUAUGCAUCAGCUGGACGGUGGGAUGAAAUGCGCCAGGUUCGCACAAGGGUGAAAAAGAGAGGGCUAAAGAAGAACCCUGGGUGCAGCUGGAUUGAGUCUGAAAAUACUAUUCACCAGUUCUUUGUGAAAGAUGACUUGCAUCAACACACUAAUCUAAUAUACGAAUGGCUAGGAUAUCUUUCACUGCACAUGGAGGACAAUUCUGAAAUGUCAAUGGCUCUGCAUCAAUCUUAAACGUUGGUAUCAUGCUAAGAAGCUGGUAUCUACACGCGAAAAGCAAAUUUUUUAUUAUACCUUGAAUUAACUGUAAAAAUGAUUCUUGGUGAUGAUGAACAUUCUGCUCUUGACAUGAUGA